CUCUCUCUCAGCCUGACAGAGGACAGCUGAUAUCGCAUUGCUGUUGUGGUGUUUUUAACUGGUUUUCGGGAAACGUCUAGUGUUGAUUGUGUAUUUGCCCCAUCAUCACUGCCUGCCUGCAUCAAUUUGCCGAACGAGUCUGACUACCUACAAUCGACUCGAACUUUGGACUCGUGGAAUUAGUCUUGACUUGACUUGGUUAAGUUGAUAAGCUAUUUUUUUGUUUGUUUCUGUGUAGGUCAAGCAGCAACGCACAGUGAUAUAAUCUGUUUUGGUAAUUUUGUAAGCGACCAGCAUUAUCAGUUAAUCAGUAAAAUGUCCGAGAACGUGAGCCCGAUAAAAUAUUUUCUAUCGGGAGGGUUCGGCGGUAUUUGUACGGUGUUGGCGGGUCAUCCGCUGGACACAAUCAAGGUACGAUUACAAACUAUGCCCUUGCCAAGUGCUGGCCAGGCGCCAUUGUACGCAGGCACAUGGGACUGUGCGCGGAAAACGGUCCAGCGGGAAGGAUUCAGGGGCCUGUACAAGGGGAUGUCCGCUCCGAUUGCAGGUGUUGCACCGAUCUUUGCGAUGAGCUUUUUUGGCUUUGGUCUCGGUAAAAGGUUGCAGCAAAGGACUCCCGAUGAAGAGCUCAGCAAUACACAGCUGUUUGCGGCUGGUGCAUUCUCGGGUAUUUUUACCACCACCGUUAUGGCUCCCGGUGAACGAAUAAAGUGCCUUCUACAGAUCCAACAGGGUGGAAACACGCCGCAGAAGUACAAUGGUAUGGUUGACUGUGCCAAGCAGCUAUACGCCGAAGGUGGAAUUCGGAGUAUCUACAAGGGAGCUUUCGCUACACUACUCAGGGAUGUUCCUGCCUCGGGAAUGUACUUUUUGACGUACGAAUACGUAAAGAAAGCCAUGGCCCCGAAGCCUGGCGAGAAGCAGGACACUGGCGCCGGAUUGCUGGGAACAAUCUUUGCCGGUGGAAUGGCCGGUAUUGCCAACUGGGCCAUCGGAAUGCCAGCUGAUGUACUGAAAUCGCGUCUACAGACAGCUCCCCAGGGUACCUACAAGAACGGUAUUAGGGAUGUAUUCAGGGAGCUGAUGAAGAACGAAGGUCCGAUGGCCCUGUACAAAGGCGUGACCCCGGUUAUGCUGCGAGCAUUCCCGGCCAAUGCUGCCUGUUUCAUUGGAUUCGAAGUCUUUAUGAACUUCUUGAACUUUGUCGCACCGAAUUUGUAACGAACGAAAAUAAACCGCAACCAAGACAAUGACCACCAUUUCAUAAACUCUGAUAUUAAGGCUGAGGCAGUUGUAUUUUUCUCUACUUUGAUGUUUGUUUCUCUUAGGUUUCUUGAGUUAAAGUUUUUUUUUAUUACAACCUAGGAAGUGCAGAACCCCGUAAGACGUCAUGUUUCACAAUGUAUUAUCUUUAAAACCGUUAACUUUCACCGAUGAAAUGUUGGAAUGUAUUUUAGAAACUUUAUUAAA